AUGAGUUCAUUUUCGAAUCGCCGAAAGCCCCGCAAGGUGGGCGGGGAUGAGGAAGACGAAGGGGGUGCUGCUCCAGAGCCCGUUGUCAAGCGGCCUGCGGCCUCCAAAACAAACCAGAAAUCCAAAUUGCGCCUCUCAUUCGGCCCCGGCGAGACGUCUAUGGCCGAUGAUGGCGAUCAGGAAAGCGAAGUGAUCAUACCAAAACGAUAUGGCCUGGGUCGUAAAGCAAUGGAACGGAGCGCGUUCCAGCGGACCAUUCCGUCUGGAUCAUCGGAGAAAGUCUCUGCUCGCGUGGGUCAGGAUCAAGACCGGCCGAGCUACAGCAAUGAAUACUUGAAGGAACUCCGAGACUCAACCCCUUCGACGCCCAAAACAAGCACGGAUGAGGAGAAAGAAAGGACCGUGGAUGUAGCAGCUAAGUUCGGGGAGGUCAUGAAGGUCUCGGCGCCGUCUGCUAUCCCUAGUGAAGCGGAGAUCCGCGAGAAGAAAGCCCGGCGCGCAAGGCUUGCCAUGGAACAUGGCGCCAAGGAAGACGACUUCAUUGCACUUGACGACAACGCUGGGAAUGAGGAUGACUGGGAUGCAAUAGCGAGGGGAGAGAAGGUUCAAAAUACGCGGUUGAUCCGGGACGACGAAGACUUUGCGGAAGGGUUUGACGAGUAUGUCGAGGACGGCAAGAUAUCGCUAGGCAGGAAAGCCGAGCGCGAACAAAAACGAAAGGAGCGGGAGGCGAUGCGCGAUCUUAUCGAUGAUGCUGAGGGGGCCUCUGAUGAAGAGGACUCGGACUUGGAGGAGAAAGCCGCCUACGAGGCCACCCAGACUAAGUCCGCCAUUGGGAAUGGCAGGUCGGACCGUAUCGACCGGCCCCGGACGCCUCCCAAGAUGACUUCACUCCCGCGACUGGCCCACAGUUUCGAACGAUUGCGCACUUCUUUGGCGGCCAUGGAGACAUCCAAGACGCAAAUGAUCAGUCGCAUGGAAGAGCUGCGAAAAGAAAAAGCCGAUAUUGCUGUCCGUGAGGUGGAAAUUCAGGCCAUGAUCAAGGAAGCCGGUGACAAUUACGAGCGGCUCAAGCAAGAAGCUGGUGUUGACCCGAACGCACAAGAUGCAUCGGCGGGGGCCUUGGAACAGUCGCGCGGUCUCGAGAGUAUUGGUGCACCCAUGGCAAUUUCGGAUUCCAGCGAUGAAAGCUGA